AUGGGGGAAUGGACUAUACUAGAGAGGCUCCUGGAGGCUGCUGUCCAGCAGCACUCUACUAUGAUAGGAAGGAUCCUACUAACAGUGGUGGUCAUCUUCCGGAUUCUAAUCGUAGCAAUAGUCGGAGAGACCGUCUAUGAUGACGAGCAGACCAUGUUUGUUUGUAACACCUUGCAACCGGGCUGCAACCAGGCAUGCUACGACAAGGCGUUCCCCAUUUCACACAUCAGAUAUUGGGUCUUUCAGAUCAUCAUGGUGUGCACGCCGAGCCUCUGCUUCAUCACGUACUCCGUGCACCAGUCGGCCAAGCAGAAGGAGCGGCGCUACUCCACGGUCUACCUGACGCUGGACAAGGACCAAGACUCGCUGAAGCGCGACGAGAGCAAAAAGAUCAAGAACACCAUUGUUAACGGAGUACUGCAGAACACGGAGAACUCCACCAAAGAGGCCGAGCCGGACUGCUUGGAGGUCAAGGAGAUCCCUAAUUCGGCCAUGAGAACUACAAAGUCCAAACUGCGGCGGCAGGAGGGCAUCUCCCGGUUUUACAUCAUCCAGGUGGUGUUCAGGAACGCGCUGGAGAUUGGCUUUUUGGUGGGCCAGUAUUUCUUGUACGGAUUCAACGUGCCCUCGGUGUACGAGUGCGACCGCUACCCCUGCAUCAAAGACGUCGAGUGCUACGUGUCCAGGCCCACGGAGAAGACCGUGUUCCUGGUCUUCAUGUUCGCGGUCAGCGGCUUUUGCGUGGUGCUCAACCUGGCCGAGCUCAAUCACCUGGGCUGGAGGAAAAUCAAAACGGCCGUGCGCGGCGUGCAGGCGCGGAGGAAGUCCAUCUAUGAGAUCCGGAACAAGGACUUGCCCAGGAUGAGUGUGCCCAAUUUCGGCCGCACUCAGUCCAGUGACUCGGCCUAUGUGUGA